CCGCUUUACCUCUUCGACCAGUCUUGGGUCAGUCGAUUUGAUAUCCCGCAUCGCUUCGCGCUGGUCCGAGCCUGCUAAAGGUCUUCACUUGACUCGCCGUCUAAGUUCCGGGAUCUUACUCCUGUUAUGCUCGACUGGUUUCAGGACCUGUACUAUGGCUACGAUUCGUCUGGCCUACACCAUCAAGCUCGACCGGGGCAACGAUCCGACGCGAGACAUCAUGCCGAUCUACUUUUGCUCCAUUGCUGAGAUAUGCGUAACGCUGGUCUCUUUGAGCGUAGCAUCUCUGCGCUUGGCGGUCCGGCGAAAAUGGACAAGCCCCGCUCAGUGCUGAAACUCCGACAUGACUGGACUACCUCAAAAAGUGAUUGAUGUCCAUUUGAAACCCCCCGCCCAAGGUAACCUGACUAACAUCCAAAACGGACUGUAGAGACUGGUGACCAGUCUCUGAGAUUGUGAAUGCAGUAUAGACUUGGGGACGAAUGUAUCGCUGAGCUGGUGUUGUGGGCGCACUUUGUACCAAGGGAGACUCAUAAGCGAAGGCGC